AUGGCUCAAGAUGAAGAGGCAGUGCCGCAGUCAACUCUCGACCACUUCAAAGCGAUACCAUGGUGCGCCAGCCAUCUGUCGGACCCGUCGUUCCGCAUCGUGAGCCUGUCUCGAACACUGAUACAGGAUGGCAACGGUCACUCCCUGAUGGCGGAGACCUGGAACACAGACAAAACCAUCAAAGAACUCAUUUCCAUGUACCGGCCACGCGACGACUCGACUGGCCAGCCCGCCGAGCUUCGCAGGCUCUACACCUUCGGAACCGGCCUCAACGCCCAUCCGAACCUGCUGCAUGGUGGUGUCAGCGCCACCAUCCUCGAUAGCACCAUGGGCAGGAUCACUGUUCAAGACAAGCCCGCCAUAAGAUCGACAUACACCGUCUCUCUGAGCAUCACGUAUAAGAAGCCUAUCACCACCCCGUCCACCAUCCUGGCGCGCUCAUGGAUCUACAAAGAGGAAGGGAGGAAGACCUGGGUUCAUGGGACUUUGGAAAGUGGCACCGGCGAAAUUUAUGCCACCGGAGAGGGUUUAUGGGUCACAGUACAGCCCAGGCUAUGA